GAUUGUUAUUCAGUCUAGAAUGAAACAAGGAAGUGGAUCGAAUGGCAUUUUUCAUGUUGAGUGUAACACUUAAUUGUUGCUAUGGAAAGCCGUGUAGCUAAUCUCAAAUCAGUUCAAUAUAUGAUCUGUUCUCGUGAUUAAAAGCAAUAUAUCUUGUUUUGUGCAAGACGAUAUCUUCCUGACACUUGAGUCUCAAUAUGAGUUUAUAUAAAUAGGAGAGAUAAAAAUCUUAAUUUUCAUCAUAUAUGCAUUACUCAUCUGAAAUCCUUGGUGCUAAUCUUAACUAUAUUGAUGCAGACAUGGUCAUGAGGUUGCUUAUAUUUUUUAUUACAGCUAACCUGAACUAUGAACAUUAAAUGAAAACAGAUUUUAAUGAAAAUUGAAAUUGUGUGUAUUUAAAUUCAGGGGAAAAAGGAAGAAAUUUGGAUACAUUUACAGCAAACUGUGGAAAAUGGAAAAUAAUGUGGCUGUUAAGAAGACUGAACAUAAAACUUUAGAAAAAUCUCAUAGGGGAAAAUGUUUCAAAUGUUUGUUUUGGACAUUAUCAUUGGCUGCAGCAUUGGCUGCAAUUAUUGUUGGAAUUAUCUAUUUUAAAAUAACUAGCUCUGAGUUUUCAGAUGAAAUAAUUCACAGUAUUGGUGAUGAAGGGGUACAGAUGUUUAAAGCAUUUGACAGAAACAGUGACAAUUACUUGUCCAUCGAGGAAUUUGAACCAUUGUUCCACUCAAUCAUGGGCCAACAAAGUGAAGGGCAAUUCCUUCUCAAAGAUAAAGUGUAUGAACAGCCAUUUGAUGAAACCGAUGAGAUUCUCUUAGUCAAAUCCUCGUUUCUGCCAUUAGUUCUCAGCAGCAUGACCAAAGCCCAGAACCAAGGGGUUGGAAGCUAUUUUAUGGGCGGUAAUGAAGCUCCACUAGAUGGACUGUACAAGUGGAAAACUCAACACAAAGAACUAGAAAAUUUCGCAGUGGCCCACUUCAACUCCUUCUUUCCACCAAAAGGCACUGAGCUUGGCUCAAUUUAUCACAUAAUAGAAGAUGAAAGGGGCUUUUUGGACGAGAUGACGGGAGAUUUGUCAAGCAAUCGCUACUAUCCCCCAGAUGUUAAGAUGGAACACAUAAUCUUCCAUCGUCUUCUGUCCAUGUUCCAUCCAAGGCCAUUUAUCAUAUCUAGAUUCAAGCCCCGGGGCUCGAUUGCAUGUAUACGGGCUCAAAAUGACAAGUACUUGGACAUAAUAUUCAGAAUUCACGCAGAGUUUCAGCUGAAUGAAUUGCCAAAUUUCCCAUUCUGGUUCACCCCAGCCCAGUUUACGGGACACCUGAUUGUAACGAGGGACCUGAAGCAUAUUGAGCAUUUCAACCUUUAUGUGCCCAGUGACAAGAAACUUAAUGUUGAUAUGGAGUGGCUGGAAGGUCGUAGUAACAUGGUUGUGGAUAUUGGUUACAUGCCGGAGAUGUCACUGCAUUCCGUGUCCCAUUCCAUUCCUGCUUCCCAAAUUAAUGAUAAGACCCCAAGCAUAACCUUUGACCCUGCUGGGAUACAGUGGCACGAGGAAAUUACAGAAACUGCAGCCUUGAAAAAGCUGGAAAUACAUAUGUAUCCCUUUAAAGAAGUGCCAUACUACAAUUUAACAGAAUCAUUGAAGCUUGCAAGUCAAGAAAACAAGCUCAUUCACCAUAUUCUUCUGUGGGGCGCAUUGGACGAUCAAAGUUGCUGAGGUUCGGGACGCACCCUCCGCGAUAUUGCGCUGGGGAGUGCGUCCGUCAUGUCCAUCCUCCGAGAGAAUUUUGUCUCCGGAUGGUCUCUGAUUGCAGAUCUUGAGGACUUGAAAGAGAACUCGACCUGCCCUGAGGCUGUAGCAGUUGCAUCUCAUUUCUUAGAGCAUUACAAAUUUCCUGUGAUGAUGUAUGUAGCAUAUUCCAAUGGCACCAUUGCUCAUAAAGUUAAUGCCAACGAUUUCAUGGAUGUCAAAACCAGCAUUAUGGAAAAUGGAUUCGCUGGCAGUGAUGGUCAGUACAGACAUUUCCUGACCACUGGAAUGGCUCGCUGUCGGCAAGGUGAAGUGGCAGAGUUAAAACCAGUUGAACCGGUUGAGCACCAAGAAGAGUAAUUCAAACAUGCAUUAACCAGAUGUGCUUCAUUUUAGAAAAUUCCAUCCUGUUUGACCAACCUGUUAUUUCUUUUAAAAGGUCAUGUUUUAAGCAUAGUUGUCAGUCUUGUCUACAUCAUGCUACAACUGAUAUGUUGGUCAAACUUCGAAAACAAUUUAACAUAUAUAUUUCAUACCCUGAACACAUGUUUACAAUUACAUUACGCAUGUGUAUAGCAAAUUUCAUCACUCUGUUAAUUUUGAUGAAUUAUGCUUUUCAAUUGACCAGCUGGGAAAACAUCUGAAAAUUGGCACUUGUUGUGAGUGCCCAUGUCUUACUGUUACAUUCCUCUUCAAUUGUUAUAAGCAAUGAAAUAAACCACCUAUGUGCCAUUAUUUAUUAUUCAUUUGAUAACAUUCAUUUUGAAUAUUCAUUUAGUAGAUCUGCAUUGUUUAAUAGCUUGAAUAUUUGUUUUAAAUGUUGAAACAUGUAGGUAUGCUCAUUCAUUUAUUUCAUUAGUGUUUUAUCAGGAAGAAAGGACAGUGUUAUUCAUAUUGUCAGAAAAAGGAACUUCUUUUGUUUAUUCAUACAGCACCAUCAAUUAUCUACGGUCAUUUGAUGUUUUAUCUUUAUCAUAGAUUUAUUAUAUAACUGUUUUUAGUUGAAUCUUCCUUUUUGUUGAUGAUUUAUUGUUUCAUUUAUGUGUGAUUGUUGGGGGUAUACACCAUUGCUUUUGUAAAUACACAUACCGUAUCUAUACAUCAGCUGUAAAACAGCACCAUUUGCACCAUUUUGAUUCUGUGAAACUGCAUUAUGUGAAUUAUUUAUGAUUCUGUGAAACAGCAUUAUUUCAAUCAUUUUGACACUGACUUUUUGUGCUCAGAAAUAGGCCACUCUUUUUAACUAUUUGUGGUGUAAUAUGAUAUGAUGUCAAAACUUUCAACCUUCAAUUGAGCUUACAAAAGGAUGUUGUCGAGAUAUAUGGACACUCCAGAAGCUUCAACUCAAGACCAAUGCUUCUGAAAAUUGGUCAAAAUAGUUGUUAUGAUAAAGUCACAGACUAAGGUGAUUAUCGGUCAUCUAGGGUUAAAAAGUAGGUUUUUAGGUCAAAAAUUUGAAAAACUUUGUUUACACAAUAGAGGCUAAUUGUCUUGAUGAAGUUUUCAAUCAUGUUUUUAUAUGGGUCAUCUCGGGUCAAAACCUAGGUAACUAGGUCAAAUCUUUAAAAAGCAAUAUUCACAACAGAAAAAAGUCGGUUUUUCGUAUGAUCACUGGUCAGAAUGAUUGUGUAGAUAAUUAUGUGAUAUGAAUUUGGGUCAUCUCAGUUGAAAAAGUAGGCCACAAGGUCAAAUGUUUACAGCACUUUAUUUAUGCAACUGAAGCUGCAUUUUUUCCUGGAUCCUCAGGAAACUUGUUCCAAAUGUCUACUUACCUAAUAACAAUUGACUGGCCAUUAGUUAUAAGACAUGUACUCCUGUGAGCUAUAUUAUAGGGUCAUCAAGGCCAUCUUGUUAAAUGUUACUUUUCGCUGUCAACUAUUCAGAAAUAAAGAAAUCUACCAAGGCUUCCAAUUCAUAUUUUGUGAGAGGUUUAAGGUUAUCCAUCCAUGGUAGGUCAAGGACAUUAUAUCUCACCACUAUGCUUUUUUUGUUGGCUUGUACUUAUUAAAAGUUUUUUAUUAAUCAUCAGCUGUGUUAUUUCCUUGUAAGGCUAACAUCUGAUACCAGCGUCAAACAAACCAUUCAGACACUGCGUUCUUGACCUCUCUCCUCAUGUAUGAUGACCCGCCUGUAAAGUGAGCACUCACUGGGGCGGGUCUGAUGAUUUUAUGGGGAAAUUUCGUUGUGGUCGCAGUUUCUUUCUCUUUGUUUGUCACUGGUGUAUUUCGUUUUAUGAUUAUAAAUUUGACAUUUGACUUCAAUGUUGCAUCAUGUAUUAAAUUAAUUAUAUAUAAUAUGAAUCUAUGUCUUCCAUGCUUGUAUUUGUCUCUCUGCUGUUAUUUUGCUAUGAGAUGGGACUUUGUUUGAAUAAUAAAACUAAGAAAGGUUUAA